CGGCAGAGGGCGACACAACUCCCCCCUCGGCGCCUCCAUUCAUGUAGAAAAAUGGCGUUGGGGAGCUGCAGAGGCUGAGCUGGUGCUGCCUCUGCCACAACAAACUGAAGCGACGUUGUGUAGGGAGCAGUACCGCAGGAGCCCGACGAGGAGAACGUCAGGACCAGCUCAAAAAGACUUUAUGUAUUUAUCUUCAUCUUAACGAGACGCUGGGGCUUAAUGCGGAGCCAGGAACACACGCCGGACAUGAGUGGGGAUAUUGUUUGCAAGAGCCACCUGGACUCUCUUGUAAGCAACACAAACUCACCAAUUCACGAUAAAAAAACCAUCAAGCUGUCACCAGAUGGAAGGUACUCCCCCAAAGGCUCCCAGCAAAAUGACGAUCAAAGCAACAGCCACAAGAAAAACAGGAGGAGGAAGGAACGGUCCAAACAGAAAGUAAACAGAAUCUGCAGUUCUGUUGGGAGAAACUUUCAAAACCGAAAGGUUACUGACUACUAUCAUAUACGGCGAAGCUCAAGAAAAAGCAAAACAGAGCUGAAGUGUGAACAGAAGAAGCUUAUAGAUGAGCUCAUCACAAAUGGAACAGAGGAGGGAAUGAAGGUGCGAGAAAUUGAAGGAAAAGGAAGAGCAGUGUUUGCCACUCGAUGUUUUCAGAAAGGCGAGUAUGUGGUGGAGUACCAUGGAGAUCUGCUACAGAUCACUGACGCCAAACAGAGGGAGGCAGAAUACGCUCAGAACCCUGCCACCGGCUGCUACAUGUACUACUUCCAGUACCUCUGCAAAACAUACUGUGUCGACGCCACGAAAGAGACCGAGCGUUUUGGUAGGUUGAUAAAUCACAGUAAGAAUGGAAAUUGCCAAACCAAACUCCAUGACAUCAACGGUGUCCCUCACCUCAUCCUCGUUGCUUCCCGAAACAUUGACGAGGGCGAGGAGUUGCUCUAUGACUACGGAGACCGCAGUAAAGCCUCCAUUGCAGCUCACCCCUGGCUCAAAUAUUGAUCGAGGGAUCCCGGCAAAGGAAACGUACAGUAACACUGGGUUUCUCAUUCGCUGAUGUACAAAUGCCUUGGAACAGAAUUUGAACCCUUUUUGUUCCAAAACUGUGCAGCAUGGGUUUCGUAAAUUAAUCGGGUACUUUCACACGGUGACUGAGGUCCAUCUGCCGUGUCGGAUGACACCUGUCCUUUUAUUUAUAUGUGAAUAUGUAACAUUCUGGUUGGUUUUGCUGCACAUUUCUUUUGUACCGUUUGUAUUACCUGUAGACCAGUGCUUCUCUAGCAUGCAGGUGGUAGUUAAUGCUCUGCGUUUUUAUAUUAAGUUUUUUAAUGGUAGUCAGAUGCUCAGCAAUACUUCUAUUUAUGGCCCCAGCGCCGCCAGAACCCUUUGGAUGACCUGGAACCAUAACAUGCAAAGCUAAAACUGUUUAGCCGAAUCACCCAAUCCAGCACCAGUGGAACUGUGGUGGUUUACCAGCCGCAAGGGUAGGAACAGAGGUACAAAACAUAUUUGACCCUAUCUAAAAUAAGCAAAGCAGAGAAAUCUGACAGAUGAUGACUCUAAUGAAUACUUUUUGUAAUUUAUUUUUUAGCAAGUACUGCUUUGUUUUAAUGCACAAAGAAUUUGAAUUGUUGUGGAUAAGUAAAUAUUCUGUUAUUUUUUUAAAAUUUAAACCAAUAUGAAAUUUAACAAUACACAUCAUUUAGUUAAUUCAAAGACAGAAUCUCUAAAAUCAAAUCAUUUAAAAGAUCAUGAAGUCAGGUAGACUUUCUCUGUCCAAAGAUGAACAGUGAACAGCACUGUUUCCAUCUCCUUGGUACACACCAGCACAGGUGGGUUUCCACACUGCUACUUAUGCAUGAACACCUCCACACGUACAGCAAAAACCUAGUUAAAAAAAUGUACAAUUCUUCAAAAUGGAACAAUAAAAAAAACAAAACAACACAUGCAGGGAUCUUUUUUUUUUCUACGUGGUUUUAAUGCUCUGCUACCGUGGGGUUGGUGAACUAUUAAUGUGUAUUGCAGGUUUUUGCAUAUUUUCUGUGUCACAAAAUGUCAUCAAUCAUCUAAACCUAUUUAUCUGCUUAACCACCAACAGUUCUUUGGUUUUACUUAAUGUUUUAGUGGUGUUCAAACUUUCUUUUAUGUUCAUUGAAGCCAGAAGGUGGCAUCCUUGUGUCACAUGCUUGAUGAUUUCUACUAAUUGACAUCUUAAUUACUUGAUUUAUAGUCAAUUAUGUUAUGUAAAAAAAUUUUGUGAUCAUUUCCAACUCUGCAUGUACUUAUUUCUUGUCACACACUGGCUCUCCAUUGCUUAUCAUACACUGUGUUAUGGUUGUUUUUUGCCUAACUGAUCAAUUACUUGAUUGAUUGGAGUGAUUAAAUGUCAAUCUCAGCUUUUAAGAAA